ACUGAGAGUGGGAUUAUGAGUAAUGCUGUGUGAUGGAGAUCCAGCAUUUGUAGAUUGUUAUUGUGUGUAUUGCUUAGGAGGUUGUUGUUGAUGUGGUCCUCAAAAUCCACAUGGGGUCAGCAUCUUCUCUAUGAAUGUCCGAAAUCUUCAUGAAGUUGAACCUCACUGGAUCUAGUCCAUCUCUGGAUGCCUCUGGAUCAUGUGAUCAGUAGCUGCUUGAAUGGAUGAUAUAUUUAUUUACACACAGUAUGAAGAGAAUAUUAAGAUGUAGUGUAUGUUUACUGUCAGAUUUACUACAAAACAUUACACAAUCUGACUUCUGUGUGUUUCUGACUUUUCUGUUCUUGGCAUUUUGGAGUCAUUUUCACACACACACACACACAGACACACACACACACACACACACACACAGACACACACUUCAGUUAACCUCGGUAUCAGUGACACUUAAUGGUCCCUGGUUCUGAUUAGGACCGGUUUAAUCUGUGGGCUUUUACACUGCGGCUAAACGAACUCUCGCCAUAUUCCCUGAUUCUUUUUAAUGACUAUUUUUCUCUUUAAACCAUUAAAGCCAAUCAUCAGAAACGUAAAUGUAUAAAGUGUAAUAAAUUAUUGAUAUUUUCAGAGUGUGUUGAACAGAGGAUCAGCUGCAGACAUUAAUGACUCUCUUCAUCUUCUUCAUCAUGGAAGCAUUAUUUUAGAAAACACACAGCAACAAUAAACUGAUUCAUUAAUUCUCUGAACAAGGAUGAACAUCUGCAGUACAGAUGUGCAGUGGAAUGAACAAACACACACACACACACACACAAUGUUCAGAGCACUAAGAGGCAUAUUAAGUCAAGUAAGACAAGUGUGUGUGUGUGUGUUCCUACAAAAUUGGUUCUAACUGCACAAUUCUUUCUUUCUUUCAUUCUUGCCUAUGUGUAUCUCUCUCUCUCUCUCUCUCUCUCUCUCUCUGUUUCUGAAGAUGAGAAGCUGUGAUAGGACAGAUGUUUGGAUGCUGAUGUAGUGAGACAGCGUUGAUGGAUACCAGCAGCAGUAGCUGUGGAUAUCAGUGAAAAAAUGAACUCAGCACCCCCUGCAGGAAGUGCUUUAUCAGCUCCAGCAGGUGGAGUCGGCCCAACUACGCCGAAAAAGGGCCCACCCAAAUUUAAACAGAGACAAACUCGCACAUUUAAAAGCAAGGCACCAAAACCUGGCCAGAAAGGGUUUGGUGAUGACAUUCCAGGAAUGGAGGGCCUCGGCACAGAUUUCACGGUGGUGUGUCCCUGGGAGGCCUUCGGUGACAUGGAGCUCAGCGAUCUUGCCAAAUAUGGCAUUAUUUAAAUCCUGCCUCUCUUAUCCUCUCUUUGCCUUUGUCUCCACCCCCUCUAAACAGACACCUGCCCCUUCUCUGAAAAAAAAGAGUCUAUUAUUGAUGUAUACAUGUGAAUAUACUAAAAUUAGUCUUAGAUUAUUAUUAUUAGUAGUAGUAGUAGUAGUAACCCACCUG